GCUGCAGGUGCCUCAUCGAAUAAUAAGCUUGACGACGACUUCAUCUGCUACGGGCUCCACCCCUCCUCAGAGAAGCCAGGUUCCUCAAUCCCACCGUCGCAGCCAUCACAGACUUAAUUAACAACACCAUAUCCCAUUCACUUCCAGCCCAAAGAUCAUGAAUCGCAUGCAUGACGUACAGCGCACGAACUCCUUAAUUGCUUCGUCCAGCUAGAAAAAAAAAUUCCAUCGUACAGCUGUACUGCCCACUACAACCGCAUUGCAUCCCCGAAGUCACCCCUCUUUUCCGCCUAUCGCAAACGCAGCUUAGGUCCCGCUGGACGCUGCCCCCCACGACUUGUCAACAACGUCACUUGUGCAGAAGGGCCUACGGUAGCUGAGCUAGAAGAGUGCUUUGGUGUGCCGCGAGGAGGGAAGUUGAGCUGCGGCUCCCAGGAGCAAAGGCAGGAUGCAGGCGCCCAUGAUCUCGGUGCCUUUGAAGGCGACGAACGAAAUAGACUGGAUCCAACCUUUGAAGGGAUAUAUUCGACAGACCUAUGGAGAUGAUCCAGAGCGGUACGCCGAGGAGUGUGCAACGCUGAAUCGGUUGCGGCAGGAUAUGAGAGGUGCGGGAAAGGAUAGUGCUGCUGGACGAGACCUGCUAUACAGAUACUACGGACAGUUGGAGUUUUUGGAUCUUCGAUUUCCGGUGGAUGAGAACCAUAUCAAAAUCUCGUUCACAUGGUACGAUAAUCCCCGUUUAGUUGUUCCGGAGUGGGGACUAAUUUGUUGAAUUACAGGUUCGAUGCCUUUACACACAAGCCAACCUCCCAAUACUCUUUAGCAUAUGAAAAAGCUUCUAUAAUAUUCAAUAUUUCUGCGGUGCUCUCCUGCCAUGCUGCUCACCAAACUCGAUCAGAAGACUCCGGUCUUAAAACCGCAUACCACUCUUUCCAAGCCUCGGCUGGCAUGUUUACGUAUAUCAACGAGAAUUUCUUACAUGCGCCUUCCACAGAUCUGAGCCGGGAGACGGUCAAGACCCUUAUACAGAUCAUGCUAGCUCAGGGGCAGGAGGUGUUUUUGGAAAAACAGAUUGCGGAUGGCAAGAAGGUUGGACUUUUGGCGAAGCUUGCUAGCCAAGCUGGCUAUCUGUAUGCUCAGGCCGUGGAAGGGACACAGGAGAAUGUCAACAAAGCAAUUUUCGAGAAAGUUUGGCUAUUAGUUGUUCAGGUAUGGAAAACCCAUCAUUGCCUUUUUUUCGUUUGUGCCAUGUCCAUUUAUCAUGUAGGCAAAACGUUGUCUUGAGGACUCUACAUUUCUGUGUUACUGACUCCCAGAUUUUUUGGCUAAUUGGAUCUAGAUAAAAUCAAAUUACAUGAAUUCUUUGGCGCAAUACUACCAGGCCUUGGCCGACGACGAUGCAAAUUCCCAUGGUGUGGCCAUCGCCCGUCUUCAAGUGGCAGAAACUGCAGCUAAGGAAGCCAACAAACUUGCAAACUCAUUCCCAUCCAGCGUUCCUGCAAAUUCCAAUCUUACUGCUGAAACUGGCCCGAAUCUUUUUGAACUUUCCAAACGACAGUUGGCCAAUGUGCAGGAGAAACUAGUCGAACUUGUAAAAGAUAAUGACUACAUCUACCAUCAGACUGUUCCUGUCGAAGCUGCUCUCACAGUCAUCCCAAAACUCCCAGCAGCCAAGGCAAUUCCAGUGAGCGAAUUGUACGCUGGUCAGGAUAUUCAGCGCAUCACGGGCCCGGAUAUCUUUCAGAAGAUUGUGCCAAUGUCAGUCACGGAAUCAGCAAGUUUAUAUGAUGAGGAAAAGGCAAAAUUAAUUCGAGCCGAGAAUGAACGAGUUGAAAUUGCCAACGGUGAAAUGGCAGCAAGCUUGGACUAUUUGAGACUACCUAAUGCUUUACAAAUCAUCAAGGGCGGAUUUGAUCAGGAGUUAACAGCAGACGAUGAAUUCAGGAUAUGGUGUGAUGAUGUUGCAGGCCAUGAAAAUCCUGGACCUACUUUUGAGCAGUUAAGAUCGAGGAAAGAGGACGUGAUCAAUGUGCUGGAUAAAAGCAGCAAACAACUGGAUAUGGAAGAGAGUGUUUGUGAAAAGAUGAGAUCCAAAUAUGAAGGAGAUUGGACUCAGCAACCUAGUUCGAGACUGACGACAACUCUUCGAAACGAUAUUAAGAAUUACCGAGACGCACUCGAGGAAGCAUCGAAGAGUGAUAGCCAGCUAUACUCAAAGUUCCGGCAAUAUGAUGUCGAUUUUGAUGAGAUGCGUUCAGCUGCCGAGAUUGGUGAGGCCGAUGUACUAUGGCAAAAAGAGCUCAUUCAGGUGGGCGGUAAACGAACUGGUGGGAGCCCAACUGACCAAGGGAAUCUUCUGGGUGACGAUUUUGAGGAGACUGGUGUCAGUGUUAUGGAUCAGGUCAACAAGGUAGAGGAAAUUCUCAAGAAGUUGAAUUUGUUGAAGCGCGAGAGAGCGCAGGUAUUGAAGGAUUUGAAGGAGAAGGUAUGUGACUUUUCCUUGCCAUACGACUUUAUGAGUGCUGACUUUUUCAGGUACACAAUGAUGACAUCUCCCAAGUCCUCAUUCUCAACAAAAAGGCAAUUUCAACUUUCGAGACUCAACUCUUCCAAGCAGAACUGGAAAAAUUUCGCCCACACCAAAAUCGCCUCAUAUCUGCAAAUCAUAAGCAAUCCUCACUCAUGAAGGAACUUACAUCGACUUUUAAUACUCUAUUACAAGAUAAGAGAGUUCGUUCUGAGCAAAGUAAAUAUGAAACCAUCACCAGACAAAGAAGUUCUGUGAUGUCGAGAUAUAAGCGAAUUUAUCAAGAAUUCUUAGAUCUCGAGGCUGGGCUCCAAUCUGCUAAGCAGUGGUAUAACGAGAUGAAAGAUACCGUCGAUAGCUUGGACAAGAACGUCGAAACUUUUGUUAACAACCGACGGGCUGAGGGUGCGCAACUUCUCAAUCACAUUGAGCAGGAAAGAGCCACCAAUGCCAGUGGACAAGCCGAUCGGGAGCGAGAGCGACUUCGUGGUCUUAUGGAGCGUAUGUCGAUGGAUCCCUCUACGUCUCCCAGCAAGCCUCCUCGGUCGAAUUCUGCAUCAUUCCAAACUCCAUCACCUACCACUCGAUACCCUGCAACCAAUUUUGCUGGCCAGUAUCAAGUUCCAACUUCUCCACAGCAGUCUAUCCAGCCAUCACAAUCCAGCCAUAACUCAUAUGUGCCCAAUGGAUCGCAAUAUGCACCUCAUCAACAGAAAAGGCAUCCUCCGGAAAUUUAUGUUGCCCAGAAACACAAUCAGCAACUUCAGGGACAACCAGGAGGUUACAACCCGAGCAUGUAUCCUCGAGAUCCCAACCAACCAAUUUCUCCGCCUCCAAAUCAGACGCAAUUCGGGCACAUGUCUCCACCACCAACGCAAACACACUUCUCACAUCAAAUGUCUCCUCCUCCUACCCAAACGCAAUUCAAUCCAAAUCAGUAUGGUAGACAACCACAAUCACCCAUGCCCCACAAACAAUUCAACGUGCCUCCAGGAUAUAUUCCGCCCCCACCACCUCCUGGACCACCGCCUCUCGGACCACAACAAACAUAUGGGCAACCUCAUGAUCCUUAUGGCGGUCAACAACACCAGAGACACAGUUCACAACAACAGCAGCACCAGCAACAACAGAGCUCGUCGGCAGAUCCAUGGGCGGGUCUUAAUGCUUGGAGAUGAUUUGGGCUUGGUUUUCGGGCAAUAGGAAUGGGAUAUAGAGAAUGGAUGGAUGGAUGGAUGGAUGGAUGGAUGG